UACAAGCGAGUGUUAGAAAGAUAAAUGAACAAGCAUUAUACUUAUCUGCUAAAUGAAACGGCUGAUGAUAAUGUUGAAUAUUGAAAGGAUCAAUUGAAGUCGAAUGCAAGUAGCUGACCAAAGUGUACAAUUAGCUGUCAACGGUAUCGUGAUGUAUCUCAGAAAAUAUAUAGACCCAACGGCGAUGAACUGAGCGCACGGGGUACGACAAUCGCAAAGGUGAUAUUUUCUUUUUACAUUAAAAACGAAUAGAAAAAAAACUGGCUCGCAAACGCCAUAGAGCUUAUAGCAGAAGAAGCGUUAAGAUGGCGGCGACAAUGGUGACAUAGAGAGAAAACCGACAACAACUCGAUGUAGCACAACGAUAACAUGAUUAAUCAAAAACGCAUUUCCUUGACAGCACAUUCGAUCGAUGUGUAUCCAACAAUAAUAAUGAAUAGAAAACACAGUUUCUUAUCUAUUUAUUAAACUAUCGUAGUUUUUAGGAAAUCAAAAAUGUAUUUAAUUAGAUAAAAUUUUGAAAAUGAAUAUUUUCAAUGUUAAAGAAUAAUAAAAAAAUUGUUCAAAUCAAUUUUCGAGAAUUACCCGGAAUAUUAAUUAAUAACCAAAAAGAUUGUCAUAUUAUAAUUGUAGCAGUAUUUCUGGUUUGAAUAACAUUUCCAUGGCAACCAUUUAUAUAUUUAUAAAUAAUGAUGAUUUUCACAUAAAAAUCAUUUUCGAUCUAAUUAAGUAAAUCAAUAAUUUUUGAUAAAAAAUGGUUAAUAUUAUUACACGAAUAAUAAGAAUUGCCAAGAAGAAACUUGGGUUAAGGAAAAAACGCAAUGUCACCUCAGUAGAUUACGGAACACAAACAAACAAAUUGACAGAUGAUAUAAACGAUCAAAUAAAAUCUGUUCCAGAAGCACAUAUUUUGGAGUCGCAGAAUAAGGAAGUUCAAGACAUUGCAGUUCAGACAUCUUUAUUAACCUCUGAGAAACUUACUCAGACUAAUAUUAAACUUAUGUUCAAUGUGUCCGAGACACAAACAGAAUUGUCCUUACUGAAUUCAUUAAAUUGUGAAACGCAAACUGACGUGUCAUUAGAAAAUAUUAUUUCAAAUAAAAAAUCUUUGCAUGAGCGUCGUAAUUCAAUUUCAAUAUUAAAAAAUUAUAUGCACACUGGUUCUCAGUGUUGUUUCAUACCUACUACAAAUGAGCCAAUUUUAGACACUAUUAAGGAAUUAUCUUUAAAAGUAAAUACUUGCGUUGAGGAAGGAAUUAAUCCUUCAACGACACUUAAUGGCACUCAAGAAAAGAUUGAACCGUAUGUCACAAAAAGACACAUAACCACUGAAGGUAAAUUUGAACAAAUUUCUAAUAGAAAUAUUACAUUAGCUGAUGAAAUUAUAGAACAUGAUUUGAAGUCAUGUAUUUCGUAUCCUUUAGAAGCAUCUAAAGAAGUAGAUACGGUGUAUGAUUGGUCAAAUGCUGUAGAGGACUUCAAUAAAACAUACUUGAAUGUAGGUGUAGUGAACAAGCAGAACGGAUCUCAGGUCGACAACGGUCUACAAUUCUAUACUCUGGAUAAUGUUCCUCAACUUCAAUUAAGGAAUAAUUAUGAUUAUAGCAUGAGAGUGCUGUACUGUCAAGCAGAUUUUUUUUGCAUGACAAAAGUCAAAAACGAACAAAUAAUAAGAACUAUGGAAAAUAUUAUGAAUGUAUAUUAUAAACAUACACAAGAUUGUAAUUUUAAACCACGACGUGAUGAACUCUGUGCCGUUAAAUAUAAUGAUGGUAACUGGUACAGAGGAGUUUGUACUGGUGUUGAAAAUAGUGUGGAUGGAAGUCAAUUUUAUAAUAUUAAUUUAAUCGAUUGGGGAGAAACGAUUUCUGUAAUAUCAGUUGAACUGCGUAGAUUGGAAACGUUUUAUAUGAAACACGCGCCUUUGGCAGUCAAAUGCAUUAUAUUGGAUUUCAAAUUAUCUAACGCACGUAAAAAAACUCUGCGCAAACUGAAGAAUAAUGUAUAUAAAUGCAAAGUCAAUUUAAGACUUGGUACCCGCAACUAUUUAAUAUCUUCGAAAACAAUUCUGGACAUAUUACGUUAUCGUUAAGAUUAUUGAUAUUU